AUCUCUCUCAUCUGUCGGCGGUCUGCCUUGUUCUGUCCAAAGAGUAUAUAAACACUACGUUUGCGUUUCUGUCUAUUCGUGUCUGUGAUUGUGGUUGGACGUGCGGGUUAAUAUUUAAUCUGAGACUCCUACAAACACAGAAGUAACUCUGCCGACCAAACAGCCAUUCUGUGCUAAUAAUAUUUCUGUGUUAUUUUCAUUAAUUUAAAAAACCAUGAAGCCCCCAUUCAAAAUUGCUGAUGAGAAGCUGGCUGAGCUUGGUCGCAAAGAAAUCAUGCUGGCUGAGAAGGAGAUGCCAGGGUUAAUGGCUUGCCGCCGUAAAUACGCUCCUGGCAAGAUCCUAAAGGGAGCGAGAAUUGCUGGCAGCUUGCACAUGACUGUGCAGACUGCUGUCCUCAUUGAGACACUUGUGGAGCUUGGUGCUGAAGUGCAAUGGUCCAGCAGCAACAUCUUCAGUACUCAAGAUGAGGCUGCAGCAGCACUAGUUGCUGUUGGAAUACCCAUCUACGCGUGGAAGGGUGAAACUGAAGAAGAAUACUUAUGGUGCAUUGAACAAACCCUCGUUUUCCCUGAUGGAAAGCCAUUGAACAUGAUCUUGGAUGAUGGAGGCGACCUUACCAACCUAGUUCAUAAGAAAUUCCCGCAAUUCCUUGAAGGAAUUAGAGGUCUUUCUGAGGAAACCACAACUGGCGUGCACAAUUUAUACAAGAUGUUCCGUGAAGGAACCUUGAAGAUUCCCGCAAUCAAUGUUAACGAUUCAGUAACUAAGAGCAAGUUUGACAAUUUGUAUGGAUGCAGGGAAUCUUUGCUUGACGGAAUUAAGAGAGCAACAGAUAUCAUGGUUGCUGGCAAGGUAUGCGUAGUUGCUGGCUAUGGCGAUGUUGGCAAAGGUUGCGCUCAAGCAUUCAAGGGUUUCGGCGGUAGAGUGAUCGUCACAGAAAUCGACCCUAUUAAUGCUCUGCAAGCAGCUAUGGAGGGUUUCCAGGUCACAACAAUGGACGAGGCUUCUGAAGUCGGACAAAUAUUCGUGACUACAACUGGAAACCUUGAUAUCAUUACCAAGGACCAUUUCCUGAAAAUGAAGGAUGACGCCAUAGUAUGCAACAUUGGACACUUUGAUUGUGAAGUAGAUGUUGCUUGGUUGGAAAAGAAUGCCAAGAAAGUUAACAUUAAACCACAAGUAGACCGCUACCAGCUUGACAAUGGAAACCACGUUAUCGUAUUGGCGGCUGGACGUCUCGUUAAUUUAGGUUGUGCUACAGGCCAUUCAUCCUUUGUUAUGUCGAACUCCUUCACUAACCAGGUAUUGGCUCAAAUUGAACUUUGGACAAGACACAACACAUACCCAGUUGGAGUACACACAUUACCUAAGAAGUUGGAUGAGGAAGUAGCUGCUCUACAUUUAGACCAUCUUGGUGUCAAGCUCACUAAACUGACACCUAAACAAGCGAAAUAUAUUGGAGUACCUGUCGAUGGGCCAUACAAGCCCGACCAUUACAGAUAUUAAGAGCUUAACCAGUGUCUUCAUUUUGAGCUUAAAUAAUCUUGGAUAUUUUUUUAUUCAAAACAAUUUAUCACACCUACCAGUUUAAGUUGAGUAAAUUUAAACUGCUUGCCUUAAAAAUAUUGUAAUUAAAGACUAACCAUUAAGAUUAAAUGUGUUACUAUCAAGCUACAGUAAAUACUUUAUUAUCUUGGAUAUAAAAA